CGUUCUGCGUUCUGCAGGACGGCAUGGGGAACCUGCGGAUCACGGAGAAGGGCCUGAAGCUGGAGGGGGACUCGGAGUUCCUGCAGCCGCUCUACGCCAAAGAGAUCCGGUCCAAACCGGGCCGUCCACUGUCCCUGCAGUCGUCCCGGAACGUCUCCGUCAACAUCGUCAACAGCAACAACCAGCUGCUCACGCAGCUCGUCACGGGAUCCAGUGGAUUUAAGGCUCGAGGGAAGCUGUUCGAGGUCAGAUCCAGCGCCGGGAAGCUGCUCUUCUCAGCAGACGAACAGGAAGUGGUGGUCGGCGCCGAGCGGCUCCGAGUCAUGGGCGCUGAAGGAGCUGUGUUCAGCAAAUCUCUGGAGACGCCGCACGUCCGAGCCGAGCCGUUCAAAGAGCUGCGGCUGGAGUCUCCGACCCGCUCCCUGCUGAUGGACGCUCCUAAAGGGGUGGAGGUCCUGGCCGAGGCCGGGGACAUCCGGGCCAUCUGCCGCAACGAGCUCCGGCUGGAGUCCAAGGACGGAGAGAUCUCCCUGGACGCCCGGAGGAUCCGCCUCAUGCGGCUGCCGGAGGGACGGGCGUCCACCAGCUCCUCGUCCUCCGGCACCAGGCAGACGGUCUACGAGGUCUGCGUCUGUCCCAACGGGAGGCUCUUCCUGUCCCAGGCCGGGACCGGGUCCACCUGCCAGAUCAGCGACGGGAUCUGCCAAUAGAACCGGUCCAGACCGGCCCGGAACCAGAGACCCCCGAGGACCGGGCCAACAGACAAAGACUGUCGUGGAACCGGAACCGGACGGAUCCCGAAAGACACAAACUGUUCUGGACACACACACACACACACACACACACACACACACACACACAGACUUACAGAACAGAAUGGUUCCGCCUCUGUUGGUUCCUCCUGAAGGGUUGAAGAACCUCCGGCUGGAGAACCGGAGCAGAACCACGGAGACGCCGACUGCUCCGAACACACACACACAUACACACACACACACACACACACACACACACACACACACACACACACACACACACACAGAGCCUGGUUCUCCUUCAGUCCCAGAACCACCCGUUGAUCACCGCAUGGCGUCCGUCCUCGUCCUGUGGCUGGACGUGUCCCCCUCUCCGUCCCCGUCAGUGAUCAGGAACCAUCUAGAACAAGUCUGGACCUGAACAGGGCCACAGGGAACUGACGUGGGGACAACCUGGACGAGCUGCCGUCCACCGUCCAAUCAGCAUGCAGCUCACUGAUUCCUACAGUGAGGCCCCGAGACGUCCUCUAGUGGCCCCUAGACGUCCUCUAGUGGCCCCGAGACGUCCUCUGGUGGCCCCGAGACGUCCUCUAGUGGCCCCGAGACGCCCUCUAGUGGCCCCUAGACGUCCUCUAGUGGCCCCAAGACGUCCUCUAGUGGCCCCUAGACGUCCUCUGGUGGCCCCUAGACGUCCUCUGGUGGCCCCGAGACGUCCUCUAGUGGCCCCAAGACGUCCUCUAGUGGCCCCUAGACGUCCUCUGGUGGCCCCGAGACGUCCUCUAGUGGCCCCGAGACGCCCUCUAGUGGCCCCUAGACGUCCUCUAGUGGCCCCGAGACGCCCUCUAGUGGCCCCUAGACGUCCUCUAGUGGCCCCAAGACGUCCUCUAGUGGCCCCUAGACGUCCUCUGGUGGCCCCUAGACGUCCUCUAGUGGCCCCGAGACGUCCUCUAGUGGCCCCUAGACGUCCUCUAGUGGCCCCUAGACGCCCUCUAGUGGCCCCUAGUCCCCUAGUCGGACUCGGUUGCCGGUUCCUUUGAGUUCCUGCUGGCUAACAAGCAGUGUCCUGCUCUGGUUUUGUCCUCCGGUCCUCGGCGGUGGUCUCCGGCUGGUUCUGGGACGGUUUUACCAAAAGGAGAGAACCGAGCGAGCCGCUCUGUGGACCGCGGGGAACCGAGCCUGUGCCUUACGUCGAUGCACUCGUGGUAGAAGAAGCACAUCACCGACCCUGUUUGGCGUCAAAACACGUUUCAGUUCCUCCACAAACCUGUGUGAACGCUGAGACCUCAGACCUGGACUGGAGCCCGGGACCCCGUUACCCCCAGACCCCCUUUACCCCUCUAUUGGUAACUGUUACCCCCUCCAGACCUACAGACCCUCAGACCUCCAGACCCCCUGGACCUUAAUACCGCCCAACCUCUAGACCUCCAGAUUCAGAUCUACUCCAGACCCCUAGACCUCUAGACCUCCAGUUUUCUACACCUGGACACCUCCAGACCGUCUCCGUCUUUUGUUUUUUGACCUUCAGAUGCAAACCAAAUCUUCAGACCUGUUUUUGGUUCUCUUGGGGUUAGCCCUCAGAGAUCCAGAUUCAGAUCCACCUGGAGAACUGUUCUUCUUCCCUCCUGAGGCAGUUUGUGUUCUGUCUGUCCAGGCCCUCCAGUCCAGGUCCUCUGGGUCCUCCAGGUCUUCCAGGUCUUCCAGGUCUUUGGUUCUCUUCCGUCUGUAAAUCUGUUGCUUUGUUUUGAUUUUUUACUCCGGAGAACAUGAAGAACGGCCAGAAGGGCGGCGGCGGCGAAGAGAGGACAGCGUCUUGCCGGCCGACGUGGAUCGCGUUGCGUUAGCAUUUGUUUGAGCCGCUAGCACGGAACCUUCAGAACCUUCAGAACCUUCAGAACCUUGGGUUCUUUUCUUCGCUCUUCAGUGUCAAACUGCCGCUCCUGGAGUCAUUUUCAAAGAAGCCAAAUUAAAGGCGUUG